GGAGCCGCAAUCUUCAGGUUGAAGUCGCGUGUUAGAACAAAAUUAUCAAUUUAAAAAUGGAGUAUCCCGGGAAAGUCAAAAUAGUUUCAACGUACAAACCAAGAAAACACCCAUACAGAGUCUCUAAAGUGUUACGUAGAGAAAUACACAGAACAUAUGACAGGAUCUAUGCUACCAUAUAUGGCCAGUGCGUUGGUGAUGCCAUUGGAUUGCUGACAGAAGGACUAAGAAAAGAUGAGAUUAAAAAGCAUUAUAAAGAAGUGUAUGACAAACUUGAAAUGGUUCAUAAGAAAUGUUUUCCGGACGCACAUCGCAGGAAGUGGCAACAGGGAGACUGGACUGAUGAAACUGAUCAAAUGGUUCUCAUAUUGCAGUCCAUAGUGCAGAAGAAAUCUGUGGUUGACCCAGUGGACUAUGCGAAGCGUUUGAUGUGCUGGUCUGAACAAGGUUUACCGGAACUUGGUGACGAGGGUAGCCCAGGUGUAUGCUCACAUGUUAAAAAUGUUGUAAGUCACCCACAGUUCUCGGAGGAACCUUUAAGGGCCUCGGAGAUAGUAUGGAGAGAUUCUGGAAGAUUUGUUGCCAGUAACAGUGCUGUGGCAAGGACAGCCAUUCUUGGUGUACAUCAGCACGAUACCCUAGGACAGGUCAUCAAAAAUACUCUUGAUAUAUGCAGGGUGACGCAUUAUGACCCAAGAUGUGAAGCAUCAUGUGUUGCCGUGACAACAACAAUAGCCCUGAUGUUACAGAAGAAUGAACGUCACUUGAAGAGAAGUGGCAAAUAUGAUAUAGAGUCUGUGAUAGAUGAGGCAUACAUGUUCUCAUCAAGAUUGUUAAAAAAUGAUAAAGAUAUGAAAGAGUUAAAGGCAUACCUGUACUGCACAUCUCUGAGGGACUUACACCUUGACGAGGCUGGACGUUCCAAUUAUACAUACAAGGCUUUAGGAGCUGGGUUCUGGGCACUGAAACAGAAAGACUUUAGACAAGCUAUACAGGAUAUUGUUCAUGAGGGUGGUGACGCUGAUGCCAAUGCUGCUGUAGCAGGUGCUCUCCUUGGCUGUAAACUGGGUCUGGAUGCCAUACCCAAAUCCUGGAUGGAACCCUUGAAACAUAGGGUCUGGUUAGAUGAACUGAUAGAUAGGUAUUUUUAUAUGAUGGAAAGAAAGAAAAGGCAGAAGGAAACAGUGGUGUAGUGAUGAACAUGGAAGUUGUUACAGCUGAACAUAUCAUUCUUCUGAUCUUCGAGAUAAACUUCAGAGCAGUUGGAUUUUUAGAUAUAAUUAUGUCUAUUUUCUCUGGCAUUAAUGAUGUUGUGAUAACAUAUUAUACCUCUGCUGGUUUCCAGGGUUAUGAGUAGUUAAUUGGUUAAAGGCACUGACUUCCAGAUCGUACGACAACAAAAGAAAAGAAAAUUUUUGAAUAUCAGGAAAUUAUUGUUACAUUUCUUAAGAAGGCUUUGAAACUUAGUUACAGACUGAUUAUAUGUUAGUAAAACAAAUGAGAAUUAGUAGUUGUACCGAGGUAAAUUGCCUUAAUUAUAAAUCUUAAUAUUUAACGGUCUUUAGGAACGAAUUUCCAUGGUGUAUUGGUUAAGAACAUGGGAAAGUUUCUUAUUGCAGAGGCGGCACUGGUUCAGUUCUUGACUCUGGCAUUUUUUUCCUUGAUUAGGUAUUUUUUUAAGAUAGUUUAGAAUCAAAUUUCAUGUUCUCAUGUUCAUAAUAUAACCAAACUUCAAAUUUUAAAGAAAGAUCAUUUUUAGCCAAAAUCUGAAGGUCAUUGUCUUUAAAAUUUAGAACAGUUAGAGGCGUGAAGGAAAUCUGUUACAGAGAAUGACUUGGGACCGGUUUCUGUUGUCUGCGAUUUGUUACUAUGUUGUGGAUCUGUUGGUUAGAUCUGUUGUUUAGUAGUCUACUCUAAUGUCUUUCUUUUCACUAAGCAAUUUAUUCAGACGCUAAACAAAUGUCCUCCUGGAAUAAACCAUUCAUUGAUGGAUUUUCAUCUCGCAAUCAAUAGGGCCAACUAUCUCUUCUGUACACUUGAUCCUGAUUUCAGGAGAAAAUAAUUGCUGUAAAAGUGCUAACAGAGUGAAAUUAAUGGCCUCUUGGAGGAAAAAAUUAAAAUAAAGAAAUGUAUAUAUAUAUAUGAUAGUGAUGGGCAAAUCGGUUAGAUUUGCCCAUCGAUUAAUCGGCAUAAUCGGACAAGCCAACCGAUUCGAUUAAUCGGAUAUAAUCGGAUAAUCGGUUACUCUAGUUGCAUGUCUGUAAGGUCAUCUCACAGUGUAUGUUUUAUGUCAUUACUUAGGAAAUGAACCACACAGAUGUCAAAUAUCCUAUUUCCAUUGUAUCCCUUCAUAAACAUGAGUAAGUUAACAGUAUAAAAGUAAAAUAUUUGUGAAGAUAGUAAACUUCAAAUCAGGUACUUGUCUUAGUUUCACAAGGGACUUAUCCAGUGAUAUUGUGUUAUCAAAUUAAAAUUGUUUGGAGCAAAAAACGUAUUAAUGAUUUAUUAAGUCUUAGCUUACGACUGGAAUGAUUUCAAUCCCAUAAAAUCAAAAAAUGAAAAUUCCUUUGCUAAUAUGCUUGCGUAAGUCUUACGGCAUGCUAUGCAUACUGCCAUACUAAUGUCAAGAGUUUAGGUUGAUGGUUUUCCCGGCUUAAUGUUGUAAAAGCCAUAUAUCUUCCAAAAUCAGGGUGAUCACAGAUGACCUCAAUUUCUUUCGAGACUUUGGAGGAUGCCAUUUUUAGGUAGAGUACUUUCCCUUGGCCUAAUUGCCCCCAAAGAACCAUAAAUACCAGAAAGAAAGAGGUCAGAAACAACUAAAUUAUCCGUUUAGGGUGCCAAAUAAUUUAUCAGUCAGGGAAAAGUGAAGUCGGCGAUCGCGCUCAUGAAUGCAGCGCCAACGAUUAUUCGAUUGUCGCCGAUUGUCGGCCCAUCACUAAUAUAUGACAUGAUUUUUUAAAGCGUUUGGCCCUACUUUGGUAUAGCUUUUAAUAAAGAGGGCAAUUUUGCAGGGUUAAUGCAAAAAGGUACUAUAACCUUCUUUAAUUAACAGCACUUAGUACUUUUUUUGUAUCAACACCGUGAAAAUUUUAAUUAUCAAAAUUGCUAUAUAGGUUUAAACAUACAUUGAAUUGUAUUAAAAAUAUGUUAUUAUUUAAAUUGCUGCCAUGAUAGACUGGAAAUGGAUUGUUAUUACAGAAAUGUAGUUAGUGUUUGAAAUUAUUUUUUGUCCAGUAUUUUUCAAAUUAUCAGGAAAUUUAUUUUGGUAAAUCAACAUUUCCUUCCAGGCCUUUUAUUAACUCGGUUAGUCACAUACUUAAAGUUGGAGCUUAAAUUUGUAAACAAAAAAUAAUUUCAAACACUAAAACAGGUUAGUGUUUAUUAGUAAGCAUUUAUCAAAUUAAAUUGGUCUGGCGCAGCGACCAAUUCAAUUUCAUAAAUGCUUACUAAUAAACACUAACCUGUAUGAAAUGAAAUAGAUACAUUCCAAAUUUAUUAUGUAACGGUUACUAUUAUUUAUGUUGUUGUUUCAUAAAGCAUAAUCAUAGUGUUAUUCAAGCAAUAUUUUUUUGUGUAUUUAAGUACCACUAUUUACAUUUACUCACAACUUUAUUGUACUGACUGUUAGUUGUAUUUUUAUAUGCCGGAAGGGACGUAUUAUGUUAUGACGCCGGUGUCCGUCUGUCUGUCCUUCCAUCUGUCCGUCCGUCCGAUAGCAAUUUCGUGUCCACUCUGUAACUCUUGAACCCCUUGAAGGAUUUCAAGGAAACUUGACACAAAUAUUCACCACACAGAGACGACGUGCAGAGCGCUUGAUUCGGAUGACUAGCUUCAAGGUCAAGGUCACACUUAGGGGUCAAAGGUCAUAUGAGUGUGUUUCGUGUCCGCUCUGUAACUCUUGAACUGCUUGAAAGAUUUCAAAGAAACUUGACACAAAUGUUCACCGCACAGAGACGACGUGCAGUUCGCUUGUUUCGGUUGACUAGCUUCAAGGUCAAGGUCACACUUAGGAGUGAAAGGUCAUAUAUGACUUUGCUGUGUCCGCUCUGUAACUCUUGAACUGUUUGAAGGAUUUCAAAGAAACUUGGCACAAAUGUUCACCACACUGAGACGACUUGCAGAGGGCUUGUUUCUGAUGACUAGCUUCAAGGUCAAGGUCACACUUAGGAGUGAAAGGUCAUAUAUGACUUUGCUGUGUCCGCUCUGUAACUCUUGAACUGCUUGAAGGAUUUCAAAGAAACUUGGCACAAAUGUUCACCACACUGAGAUGACAUGCAGAGGGCAUGUUUUGGAUGACUCACUUCAAGGUCAAGGUCACACUUAGGGGUCAAAGGUCAUAUAUGAAUUUGCUUUGUGUAUAUUGCUCUGCAUUGCAGUGCUCUUGUUUUUAUUUGGCAGAUCCCUUUUUUGUUCUCUUACAAUAAUUUUUUUUUUUGUAUUACUUCCCUUUUUUGUUAAUUUAAAUAGCUUAUUUUGAAACUUUUUUAUUUUUGGCCGUAGGGAAAAACCGAGACCACUUUUCUGUGGUACAACAUGGAUGGUACACCCAAUUUUUAGAUGUAAUUUGACAUAACUUUACCUGGUAAGAAUUUUUUUGUGGACUUAGAAUUUUUUUGUAAUUUCUUCUUUUUGUUGUUCCUGUCCUUUGGGCUUCAACAGUCAAGUUCUUUAAAUUUUGCUCCCAUCCUCUGGUGUAACCCUUCGGGCGUAUAUUGUCCCGCUUGGCGGCACUCUUGUUUUGUUAGUGUAUCAUACUAGAAAAAUUUAAAUUCCAAUGAAACAAAUGAAGUUUUGUCAUUUUGAAGCUUCAUUUGGAAAAUGUGUAAAUACUUACCAUGAAAUAUGAAUAUAUGAAAUUUAAUAAUUGCAUUUUUAUCAGUCAUGUUAUGGUAACCAAGACUUUACAAGAUAUAAACAUAAUAAUAAACAUAGAUAUAUGGCAUAUUGACUUUAUGUGUUAACUCUUAAUCAUGGAGCUUUUAUUGUAAAUGUCUAUUUAAUGUCAGCAGUCACUUGAAACCCUGAAAAUGUAAGACAUGAAUGAAAGAUUAUUAUUUUGUAGUUGGAGGAAAACAACUUUUUUGUACAUUUUAUGUUAUAUUUUAUGGUAUAUUGGUCUUAUUUUUAUAUUAUAAAGUUUGUAACAUACAUUAUAUUAGCUGUUGUAUCAGUAUUGCUGGCCAGUUUGCUUGUCAUUGAAACAGAUAGUGAGAAUAUUUGUAUGUUUCAGUGUACCAACAAAAAAACUUCCACAGAUAAAACAUAUCUAGGUGCCCGCUUGUGAUGAAAUAAUGCACGGAGGGGCAGCUGGGGUCUUCCUCCAUCAUCUGAAAAGUCACCAUAUGACCUGUAAUUGUGUCAAUGCGACGUUAAACCCAACAAAAACAAAACAAAAAAUGGAUAAAAUGCAAGAUGCAAUAUUUCCUCAUGUGGCUCAGUCAUGAGCAAAACUAUAAAAUGUGGUGUUCAUGAGUGAAAAAUAUUUGGAUACUGUCAGUCAUGAGCAAAACUAUAAAAUGUGUGGUGUUUAUGAGUGAAAAAUAUUUGGAUACUGUCAGUCAUGAGCAAAACUAUAAAAUGUGUGGUGUUCAUGAGUGAAAAAUAUUUGGAUACUGUCAGUCAUGAGCAAAACUAUAAAAUGUGUGGUGUUCAUGAGUGAAAAAUAUUUGGAAACUGUCAGUCAUGAGCAAAACUAUCAAAUGUGUGGUGUUCAUGAGUGGAAAAUAUUUGGAUACUGUCAGUCAUGAGCAAAACUAUAAAAUGUGUGGUGUUCAUGAGUGAAAAAUAUUUGGAUACUGUCAGUCAUGAGCAAAACUAUCAAAUGUGUGGUGUUCAUGAGUGGAAAAUAUUUGGAUACUGUCAGUCAUGAGCAAAACUAUAAAAUGUGUGGUGUUCAUGAGUGGAAAAUAUUUGGAUACUGUCAGUCAUGAGCAAAACUAUAAAAUGUGUGGUGUUCAUGAGUGAAAAAUAUUUGGAUACUACAUUUAAAACAAACAGAUUUUCUGUUUAUUUCAUGAUUUAACUAACUUUCAUCCAUUUUGUGGUUUCUUACUGGUGAAAACUAUAUUUGAUUUUUUUCACUGUAUAAGUACCAGACAUAUUCCAUAGCAUUUACUAUUUUCAGAUAUAUUUUAUGUAAAUGUCUGUUUGUAUCACUUUUUUCAGUUACGUAAAGAAUACCGAGUUGCCAUAGCAAAAAAUAUAUAACACACUACAAUCUAUUAACCUUAUUAAGUUUGAGGUAUAAAUACAGAAAAAGAUGAAUGAUUGCAUUUAAUUGUAUAGCAGUUUUCUGGCAAUAUCCUAACACACUAUAUGUAGGUUUAACAACAAGAACUUAAAAAUAAUACGUAGGAAGAAAUAAUGUAUUUGGCAAAAUUAUGUUUGUUUAUAAAAGUUAAAUAUAUCAUUGCUGGUAAUCCAAAGGGUUUUCAUUUUUAGCUUGACUAUACAAAGUAUAUGGUGUGCUAUUCUACUCAACCCAGUGUUGUGCUAUAUGAUAUGACACAUGGUGCAUUAUUCUUCCAGAAAUUUUCCAUGAUUACCAUCCAUACUCGCUUAUAAGGCGCACUCACUUAUAAGACGCACCCUGAUAUUGGACUUUCAAUCGGGGAGGUUUUGCACUGACCCUCUUAUAAGACGCGGUCAUAUUUUUAUACCAACCAUAUCAGAAAUUUGUAGAGAUGCAUUAUUUUCUCCAGCAUUCUGUGUUUUGUAAUAGAAAUUGGCAGAAAAUCGCCAGUUUUAUUGUGAAAAUGCAGAAUUGAAAUGAAUUAGUAACUGCUGAAAACAGGCUAAAGAAAGGCCGAAAUUUUGACUAUUCACCAAUUUUAUUUUUGAAAGAACUUGCAGACUUGUUUUAUAAUAUGUUAAAUAAAAUAAAGUAUUUUAAAAUCCACUUUCGUGUGUAAAAAGUGCAUUGGAAUAACUUCAAAACAGCGAAAUGACGUCUAGAAAACGGCGGAAAAUUGAUGAUUUUCGCCGAUUUUAUUUUUAAAAGAACUUGCAGACCUGUUUCAUAAUAUGUAGAAUAAAAUAAAAUAUUUUAAAGUCCACUUUCAUGUGUAAUAAUAUGCACAAAAAUAACUUCGAAACAGGGAAAUUACGUCUAGAAAUUUGACGAUACUCGCCGAUUUUAUUCAUAAUGCUUAGAAAUGCUGAAUGUUCGGCCAUGUUUCCAUAACAGUAACACAGAGUGUUUAAGAAAAUAAUGUAUUUCUUGCAAUUAUUCGAGGACUACCGGGAUACGCAAUUUUUAAAUUGCUUUCAAAGGAUCUCCCAUACAUGUUUAGGAUUUUUUUCAUUCAAACAUGCGCUGCAUACAAUGAGAAAAUUAAUGAGAUUAAAUAUCCUUACCAAUUUUCCCAAAGUAAUUAACGCAAGUCCGAAAAAGCAAACAAACAAACAAGCAUAUUACAUAUUUUCAUUUUAUGUGACAUACGGUAACAAAUAAUGCAUUAAUUUAUCACAUAUUUCGAACACACAAAAUUAAUCAUAUGAUUUUAGAGCAAGUGUGUACACAAAUUAUUUGCAAACAAAUUGACAGUCGAGUUAUCAACACUUUAAUCUUCAAACAAAUUUUAAACAGCAAAUUCAUUACAUCAAUUUUUCAUAUCAUAUUUAUUGCAAUUUUCAAUGACUUUAACACUACAAUCAGUCAUAAAAUCAAUGAAUGUCAAUGAAUCUUGAUAGCGUUAUCAUGUAUUCACAGUUAUUUUCUUACAUCACAUCAUCAAAACCCCUCAAAUUCAUCAUCAUUGCUAUCACCAAAUAAUUCAUCAAAUUGUUCACUUGUGACAUUUUCGUCAUAUAUCCACUGAUCAUCACAUUCAUCAUCACUGAUUUCAUCUGUACCAGCAUCCGCUUCUUCGCGGUCACGCACUAAGUCACUGAAUAGUUCAUCAUCUUGAGUACCAUCCAUUGAGUUCGAGAUUCCACAUUUGAGGAAGGAUUUGAUUACCAUUUCAUGGGGAAAUUUGUUCCACGAAUCUAUCACCCACUAAUGCCAGACCUGGACAUUUAAGAUUGCCAGCCUUCGUAAGCUGCUUUUCACCAUUAACCAUCCAUUCAUUCCACUUAUGUCACAUGUUCACUUUAAACAGUUUAUUCAAACAUACAUCCAGAGGUUGUAACACAGAAGUACAUCCUCCAGGGAUCACACACCUAUAUGAACGAUGCGAUUUCAGUUUAUCCUUCACUUUAUCAACAAGGUGAGCUCUGAACAUGUCCCACACUAACAACGAUUUCUGAUUCAGCAUAGCACCAGGACACUUAAACCAGACUUCCUCAAGGGGGCACAUUCAUCUGCCCAACCUUUUUCCUGCACAAACACACGAUAUCAGAAGGUAACUUUUCUUUCGGCAUUGUCUUCCACUUAAAUACUGCAGGUUUCAGCUUUGUUCCAUCGGCAAGACACAAUAACACUACAGUAAAAUGGGCUUUGUCACUGCCUGUCGUUCUCACCGUUACUGUUUUAGUCCCUUUUAUAUCAACUGUUCAAUUGCCUGGCAUGUCGAAGAACAUCGGCGUUUCAUCCAUAUUUCCUAUAGCACCCAACUCAAAAUCAUGUUCCUUUCUCAAGUCAGUCACAAACUUAUGAAAAGAGUCUACCUUAUCAUUAUAAAGUAGCGGCAAUUUCUGCGCUAUAUGUGUUUUCUGCCUCAAUACCAGAUCAUGUCUUUUCAUGAAUCGUGAGCACCAACCACUUGAAGCUUUAAACUCUGAAUAUCCAUUUUCCUUCACAAGUUGUAAUGCUUGAAAAUGGAUCGUGGCACGUGUAACAUUAAAUCCACGUAUCUGUAAUCCAGUCUUUCAACUUUCCCUCAAUAUCAUCGUAAGGUGAUAUCACAGUUCUCAUUUUCUUCACAGAUCUAGACUCAACGUUUAACUUUUAGUUUCUUUAUUUCGCCAGUCUCUCACCAUUUUUUCUGUCACGUCGAAUUCUCUUUCGGCAACGCGGUUUGAAUUUGCUUUUGCAUAUUCCACAACUUUAAGUUUAAAUAUCAUAUCAUAAGAGUUCCUUUUGCGUUCAUUGUUUAUUCCGGCGAUUAAGAAUUGACAAUAAUGUAUCGAUUGAUUAUAGAUAAAAAAAGGUGGCGAGAUUAGGAUACAUGUACUUUUAUGGCAGUUAAUCUGUCAAAUGAUACGACACAGUCAUGUCAAUUAAAAAUGGAUAUGCCCCCUUUGAAAUGUUGUCCAAUCGUAUUCCAGUUCCGAGUAGCUAGGCAUCUCUACUGUACUUUCAUUUGGCUAGAGGGCAGCAUUACAAUAAUUGCAGCCAACUAUUCUAUGAAGUCGCCAAUUAACAUCAGUCAGUGUUUAUGAUACAUCUAUUUCUAUACACGUGUUUAUUUAACAGUUUGCACCACCGAUUUAUAAUGGAUGCGGUUUAGCAGUUUACACUUGCAACAGUUAUAGGUAUUAUAUGCAAUUGGCGAUAAUUAACUUUUAAUUACGAAAAAGUAUUUUCUUUGCUCAGUUAUAUCUGUCAUUACCAAAGAACUAAAGCUAAUUCUCCAAGUGUUCUGAAAAAGUUUUGAUUUUAAAAGGAAAAAAAAUACAUUUGUAAAUAAAAUAUACUUUCGAUAUUAAACUAUCAAAUCGUAAAGUAAGUAAAUAACAGAUCGUUACUGAGGACUGAAACACGGUACGUGUCCGUUUAGAUUUUAGUACGGAUAUGCAAUGGCUGACGAAAAACGAAAGUAGUGGUUUGCAGACUUGGAAAAAAAUACAUUUGUAAAUAAAAUAUACUUUCGAUAUUAAUAUAUCAAACCGUAAAAUAAGUAAAUAAUAGAUCUUUAUCGCGGACCGUAAAGUUUUUAGCAUUGCAAUGCAAUGGCUGCCGAAAAACGAAAGUACCUGUCUGCAGACAUGGAAAUAAGAUGCCCUGAGCUGUAAACUUGAGACUUUUUUUAUUUUCAUUUAAUUUUCUUGUAGUAUGCGCUUGUAAGAUGCCUGCCCUUCAUGGAACCAAAAAUAUGAUCCCUAAAACUGCAUCUUAUACGCGAAUAUAGACGGUAUGUCCUUUUUGUACAUAGUUAAUGUUUUUAUACACUUUAUCUCUAUCUCUGUUAUUAUUAAAUACAUUUGAAACAGACUAACUAUUGUCCAAUAUCUUCAUCUACAUUAGAGUUAUAAAACUCCAGUAGCAGCUCCAGUUUCCUUAGAUGUGCCCCAUUUUACAGUCCAGCAAUGAAAUAGUCUAGCACGCUGUCUCCUGUGACAGCUCAUGUUCUCUUCUGAUGUAACACAAAUCUCUCUUUUACAUGGUGCAGAUUUAAAGUACAGUCAAUCUUUGUUCACUCAUACUUGGAUAAUUUGAACACUGCCCUUUGCUCGAACUCAUCAUCAGGUCCUGGCAAAAUCCCUGGAUAAUAUAAAUUGAUGGCUCGAACUACUGAUAACUUAAACAAAUUUUGCUGGUCCCAUCGAGUAUGAGGGAAUGAGGUUCGAUUGUAUGCCUUUACCACUGUACUCAUUGUAUUUAAAGAAACAAAAAGGUUCUUUUCUUAUAGGCCUGUUUUGGAAAAACGGGACGUAUUAUGUGAUGGCGUGUCCGUCUGUCAGUCAAAAUUUGUGUCCGGAGCAUAAGUUUAUAACCAUUAAAGAUAUUGACUUUAAACUUGGCAUAUAGGCAGGUUGUGAUGAGACGAUGUGCAGAGUGUGAAGUCAUGCUUAACAGUUAGCAUAGGUGAAAACUUCAUUCUUUUUAUUACUAACUUAUUAAUUCUCAGUGAAAAGAACAACUGACAAUAGUGCAAUGUAAAGGUUUUUUACUGGCAGAGAAACCAUCUUUUUUGGUACAAAAUUACAGUUUUGUGAAGGCAGGUAAUAGAAUGGGUUAAGAUUCCAUACUGGUGCAGAAUUUCAAUAAAUGUCCAAGGUUUUAAAAUUCAUUACAAUUCAAUUCAGCUCUGCAUCUUCAAAUUGUACUUGUAAAACCUCAGUCUUAAGAUUAAACUAGGUACUAGAUUUUACAUGCAUCAAGCAGGUGCUCCAUAGUAUAUUUAGUUCUUUUUUUACACACAGGCAUACAGGAUAUGCAUUUUCAAGUAACAACCAUUCUAUUUUUCCUUGUUUUCUACGCAUAAUGCAACUUAACCCAUGUGACACAUGAAAGGAGGCAUUAGACAUACCUAUAGCUAGUUCUCAUUUACAGCCUUUUCUUGGCCUAGGGAUCAGAGUAGGUAGAAACCUAUGUGUUUGUAAUUGAUCAUACUGACAGUCCAUUCAGUAGAUAUAAGUGUAAUAUGCUUAGAAAUGCUUAUGUAUAAAAUUGUUAUUUUGUAUUGAUAUUUCAUGUUUGUAAAAAACGGAUCUCUCACUGUAAAAGAACAAAAACACAUUAAGUCUUUCAAUUUAGAUCUACUGAACCUUUGUUAAUGCUUUAUUAUAUGUAUUAGUGCAAUUUAUUUUGUAAUACAAUUGUAUAUGGGAAAAUGUUGCAGUGUUUUCAAUUUACCAGUUAUAUCUUAGUGCUGUGUCAGUUUCAGUGCUGUUUCAAGGUAUAUAUACACCCUCUCAUACGCUGUGUCAGUUUCAGUGCUGUUUCAAGGUAUAUAUACGCCCUCUCAUACGCCGUGUCAGUUUCAGUGCUGUGUCAAGGUAUAUAUACACCCUCUCAUACGCCGUGUCAGUUUCAGUGCUGUGUCAAGGUAUAUAUACACCCUCUCAUACUUUGUUUAGAGAUUUCCAAGGCAACAAGGAAAAUGACAUUUGUUGAUAAUACUUAUCAAAAUUGGCCCACACUGAUAUUUGUUAGCAAUAGUCAGAGCUAUUCUACUCACCCUGGCAUAACCCUCUUAUUUGUAUCCAUUUUUUUUUUUACAU